AGGGUGGUCUGGAAUAUUCCCUGGGCCCAGCCCUGGUUGUUAAGCUGCAUGACUCAGAUAAACGGUGAACCCGUGAGGUCCUCAUAAUUGUGGCCACUAGGAAACCUUGUAGAUGGGUUGUUGGCCGCCAAAGGUUGACCCGAGUAGAACGUGAAUUUAUCCAGGACGUGCCGCAUCGGCGCCUUGGAACAAGGGUGCAGGCCCCUAAGGUUUUCAGAUCGACAAGGAUUUCAGAAUCUCACAAUCCAGGACGAAUCUUACUAAAAUCAUCUUGCAGGUACACCAGCCCACAACCGAUAUUCCGGGGCUUCUCAUUCGCAUGCGCCCUUCUGGCGGGUGAUUCGCCUUCGUCACGUUGGCGCCCUGUUUUGCGUUAGACUGGAAAUCCCGGCCCACCUUCAAAAGGCCCGGCUGCCGCUUCUCCACUUUACACUCUACACACUUCCUCCUCCCCUCGCGCUUUGCUCCCUCGAUGCUUCAUGCCGUCUCUCAACCGAUCGAUCCCUAUCUUGUAUACUGUCCAUGUCCGACACCUGCAUUGUCUGUUUAGGAGACCUUGGCGAAAGCGCCAGUGAUCCCCUCGCCGUCGAGCCCGUGCCAAGACUCCAUCUCCACGAUGCUGCCGACCCGACGGCUAGGGCGCCAACGCUCGAUCACGAGGAAAGCUCUGGUGAAAUCGCCCAGUUGCUCCCUUGUGGUCAUAUCCUGCAUAAUGUCUGUCUGAAGCCUUGGGUCGAACGGGCAAAUAGUUGUCCGAUAUGUCGCCGCAGUUUCAACAUGGUCGAGCUGAGUGACCGCCCGGGAGGUCCUGUCACCUCGUCGUAUGCAGUCCAAGACCGAGUCCAGGUCGCCGAGAUAGAUCCAUCGAUGGUCAUCGACUACUUGGAGGAUGACUUGGCUGACUACCAACCCUGCACAAUAUGUGGCGAGAGUGACAACGAAGAUGUUCUCCUUCUCUGUGAUGGUUGCGAUGCCCCUUCCCAUGUAUACUGUGUGGGACUGGAGGAUGUCCCCUCCGGGGCAUGGUAUUGCGAGCGUUGUGAGACCCAGCGUGCUAUAGAACCUACUACGGAGGUACCAGCUCGGCCCUCUCGUACAAAUGAACGGCGGAGCCGCCGUACCCGUGGUCAACAACGCCAGGCACAGAGUAGGAACCAGAUCAAUUCCCUGCACUGGGCCCGCGUAUGGCAAUCCGUAUGGGAUCACUUGAAUAUCGACCUGGACUUCCCAUUCGACGAUGACCGAUCGGCUCAACGGGUUAUGCAGCAACGCCGUCGGGAGGAGGCCAACCAGCGCGAAUUCCGUGCCUGGCAGCGACGGUUUGAGGUCGCUGAGCGGCAGGGCGGUGGUAGUCGCUUCCGGGACACUGCAUCUCUAUUUGAUAUUGAGCCCGCUCGGCCAUCCCGACCUCGAGUGCCACGAAACCCGACACCUGAACCCGAGUCCCUUGAGGAGAUGCGGGCCUGGAACGCAUUUGAAAGGGCACGUGAGAUCGAGAACAAUCCAAGCGCCGCUCGUAAACGCAAGGAACCGACACUAUCACCCUCGCCGGAACCCACGGAGCCACAGCGUAAGCUGAAGCGCCCGCGCACAAGACGGCCUCAGGAACUCGCCGCCAUGGCUCAACAGAAUGGGGAGUCAUCUAGAGCAGCUGGUGGCGGUGCCACCGGUAGCGGCAACGCCAAUUCCAACGCCGUAACAAGCGUCAGCACUAACGUCAACACGACUACGAACACAAACACUUUGGGGGAACCCAGCUUCCUGUCAUCUCUCUUGAAGGAAGUGGAAGAUGCAUCCACUACCGAUCGCACCACGCCUCUCAUGCUGUCAGCCCCCACCUCUAUUGCUCCCACCGACCAUCUUUCCUCGGGACCUUCUCCUUCUAUCUCCCCUUCAUCAUCCAACCAAUCCUCUCCUCGCCUAUCCUCUACGACUCCCCCUCCAUUGUCUCGCAGUCGACCUAUGUCCCCGCUUCAACUUUCCUCUCCCGUUGAACCCUCUUCACCUCCAUUUUCUCCUGAAGUGUCCUUCUCUGGCAGCCCGAUUUCUCCAAGCGCGAACAGGGGGGAGCAAUCACCGCAGCGCGAGACCAAUCGCCCACGCUCCCGCAUUCCACGGCGAGCUAUCGAAUCUAGACAUUCUCGGUCUGCUGAUACGUCACCCACUCGCGCCGGCCCUUCUCUGGCAGUCAAGUCCGAUAUUCGAGGCAUGGUCAGCAUGGCCCUGAAGCCACACUACCGCUCAAAGACUAUUUCCAGGGAGCAAUAUACCGAGACUAAUCGCACCAUCUCACGCAUGCUCUACGAUCGUGUUGGGACUGCCGAGACGCUCAGCCCAGAAGCCCGCACAGACCUGGAGAAUACCGCAAACUUUGAGGUCCAAAAGACCGUGGCCGCGAUACACAAGAUCAACAAAGAACACCGACAGAAACUGAAGCAGAAACAUCCUAUGACGUCUGCAGACUCAGAUGGUGAUGUACAAUGACUUACUCCUAUGAUAUAACAUCUCUUUACUUCCAUGGCAUUUUGUGGCGUUUCGUUGCACUGGUGGAUCUGUCGGUGAGGCUCUUCUGUUGUCUCCACGAGGGACUUGGUUAUAAUAAUUCUCUACCCGGCGUUUGACGGCAUUUGUUUGCAUCUCAUCAGAGGCGGAGGCGACAUUGUCCUUGUUCUUUAGCGAGAUAUAACCCGAGGUCACUGGGGACGUGUUUUUUGGUUCUCAUACCCAUGAUAUAAUGACAGCGACUUUGAUUCAAGAUUCAAAU